GACCUUGGGUUUGCGGGCUAUUCGUCUGACUUUCGAACCGGGCGGAUUAUGAAUUUCUUGAGUAUUCCUUUGAAGAAGUCGGCUCCUGUUGAUUUAUCCAGUAAUUUUCAACAGUUGAUCGCCCUGCAAUAUGGUGCUUUAACCGCGAAUGCGUGCCUUGGUUCACUUGGUGAGUUAUCGUCAAUGCGGACUGUCGCAUGUGUCAAAGGCGAUAACUACAACCCGACAGUUGAAGCAAUCGCAGCGUACCAUGAUGCGAUGUAUCAAUUAGAAGGACGUCUAAAUGUGAAUGUUGCUUCACGAGUUGAUUUUAAGUGGAGCGAUAUUUCUGGAAAAUCUAACAAAAAAGAAAGCUCUCUCAAAUUUGAACGUUCAAAUGUCUUGUUUUGCUAUGGUGCUGCUCACAGUCAACUUGGUGAAUCGUGCCGUCCCAAUUGUGAAAAUUCACUCCAACAAGCUUUGAAAUCUUUCAAGAUUGCUUCCUGCACAUUUGAUUACAUAUCUUCAGACUUGAUGUCUGGGGUUAAAGAUCCUCUACCAGAUUUAACUUCAUCAGCACUAACACUGUUCAGUAAUCUUAUGCUUGCUCAAGCAUAUGAAUGUGUCCUCUCGAAAGCUGAAAAAGAUAAGAAAAAGCCUGCCAUUUUAGCAAGAAUAGCAUCAACCUUGACUAAUCUUUACGAAGACUGCCUGUCAGAUUGUUCUGGUGGAGCUAAAAAUGUUGUUCCAAAAGAUUGGUCUGGUGUAUUAAGCAUGAAAAAAGGUUUAUAUGAAGCUUUGACACAAUACCAUCAAUCUAAAGCUUGUUGCGAAGCCAGACAGUACGGGGAACAAGUAGCUCGCAUAUCAUUUGCUUAUGAGCUAAUCAAAGGUGUUGCUCGAAAUAGUUGUUUUCAGCGAAAGAAUUUAGUGGAACAAUUUAAACAAGAAGAAUCAGUUGCAAUAAAAGACAAUGAUCAUAUAUAUCACGAAAAGGUACCUCCCAGAGGAAGUCUUGCUCCUGUCGAAAGUGUUGAUGUCAUUAAAAAAACCCCACUCACGUUCCCUUUGUCUUCAUCGAAUACCAAAGAUUACUUCGAAAAUCUACUUCCUAUCGCUGUUACAGAAGCUGUUAACACUGCCAAAGGUGUUCGUGCAUCUCUUAUCGACAGCGAAAUUUGCACGCUACGAGGAGCAUCUACUAAAGUGAAUGAAGUGUUAGCUUCAUACAAUUUCCCGGCAGCAUUACUUGCUAAGGGAUCAAACUCAAUUACGGAUAAUAUUUUAUCCAAAGCUACUUCUAUACGUCGAGAUGGUGGGGCAGAAAAAUUGUAUCAGCAACUAAUGUCGAUACCUGAAUGUGUUCAACGUAAUAAGGAAAUCAUUGAGGCUGAGAAAAGUUCACUAGAUGAUGAAGAGAGUUCUGAUAAUAGUUUACGAAAACAAUAUGGUGAACGUUGGUCACGGAAACCAUCAAGUGAAUUGAACAAAUUAUGGCGUUCUGAUAUACAAAAAUGUUUGAAUUUACUUGAACAAACUACGAAAACUGAUGCAUCUCUUUUAGAACGAUACGAAAAGCAUAAAGAACACUUUGAAAUAUUAAGUAAACCAGAAGAUGAACUUGAAACGCUUAUUGGAUCAGAUGCAAAAUUUGCCGAAUCUGGUACUGAAGCCAAUAAUGAAGAACUAAGAUCUGAACUAACUCAGUUAUGCAACAAACUAGAAUUAAUUAAGACGGAAAGAAAUGAUCUAAUAGAACAGUUGAAGUUAGUUGAUUAUUCACCGGAUCUAGUUAAAAAGCUAUUGACGUACUAUAGUGAACAUAAUGAAACAGUUGAUUUACAAAUUGCUACUGAUAUGCUUGAUGAAAAAAUGGUGUCUGUGCGUGAACUUAUUCAAGAAAAUCUAAAUAAACAAGAAAGUUUAUUAAAUGAGUUACAAACAAAAGCUGAUAUGUUUUACGGUGGGUCCGAUGGUAAUUCAAAAGACAAAGGACUAUUGACAAUGCUUAAUUUGGCUGCAGAUGAGUAUUCUGCACUUAAAGAAGCUGUUAGUGAUGCCACGAAAUUUUACGCUGAGCUUACUGAGAUUUGUGUGAAUACCCAGUGUAAGAUUGAAGAUUUCUGCGCUGCACGUACUACUGAGAAAAAUGAAUUAAUGUCUGAUAUUACAACAAAUAUAAGCCGGGUUCGUGUUUCAGACCAACAAGUCUUUCCGAAACCAUCUGUCCCUACUCGACCUGAACCAUCUUAUGUUAACCGUGUCAACCCUGUUCCUCCCGCUGUUCCUCAAGUUCCAAUGCCAACACCAACAAUUCCCAUGAUGAAUAGUACCACAUAUCCGAUGCCUCAAGCAUGGAAUCCUCAAGGCUAUCCUGUGAUGCCUCAACCUUCACCAUAUGGUAAGCAUUAAAAACUUGAUGUAUAUUGUUUUCAACAGAAUGUGGAAUGGAAGUUUUUUCUGUGGUAUGUUGUUUAGUGCGCUUUUUUGUUACUGAAAAAAAAUUAUAUUUGUGUUUGACUAAUAAGAAGUGUAUCGGAAUAAGAUCAAAUCAUUGAUUUUUUUGAAUUCUUGUUAGCUACUUACAACCUAGAAACAAUAGUAAUCAUCAUUUAUAACCACCUUUACAUCAUAUUAUUAAAGUUUAGUAGAAUAAUGACAAUGAUUAUGAAAAAGUUUGUAAAGUGACUGAGUAUUUAUUUGUUACUGAAUGUGAAGAUUUUAGAAAUGUUUCUAGUGAAUGAAAAUUGAUGCUACAGCGUUACGUAAUAAAAACCAUAAAGUUGAAUAGAUUUACAGAAUAAGAUGAGUAAAGCUCAAAAGUUGACUCAAGAAUAAAUUUGUUAUUGAGAAUAUGAAAGGAGAUACUAUGUAAUUGAUUAAUAAAAAAUAGAACUUACUAGGAUAAUGAGAGAUUUAAAACUGUGUCUUUCUUUAAAUGUAUUAAUUUGAUUUCAACUUUUUUAGUUGUGAUUACUUCGAAUAAGUUAAUCAAUCAGUUUUAUUCUGCCAUCCUUUCUGUUCUUGCUUUAGUCAAAUUUAUUAAUAGGUAAAAUUGUAUAAAAUACUGGUAUAUUUGUGUGCGCCUGUGUGUUGAUGGAGUUGUCGUAAUUUUUAUCCAUAGUUCUUUACAUUAUAAACCAUUUAAAUAAAAUACAUGUUAGUUUUAAUGUGUAGGUGAAGAUUAAAAUAAAAGGAUUGUUGAUAGUUUUAUAUAAUUUGAUAUGGCAAGUGGAUACAAAGAAACGUGUUGGGGAGAUCCGAAGAGUUCCUCAAAAAAGUCCUCUACCUAGUUCGACCUGUUGUGGGUUAGGAUUAUGAAAUUACGACCGCGACCACUUUCUUCAUUCCAAGUCAUGUUGACUAAAUCUUUAGAUUAUGCCUAUUAAUGCAUAUUUGAUAGCUUGAACUAAGUAUUAUGGAAAUCACUAGGAUAACUGAUUCCUGAGUUUCGUUAAAUUCCAUUUUUUGUCAUUGAAAUAACUGUUAAUUACACACCUACAAGCUCUCACUUCAAGUGAUUUUCAAACGUUUACCAAAUCGAUUAUUAUUGUUCAAGAUAGAAUACAACUAAUUAAGGUUCUCAUCCUAAGACCUCUAUUCCAACACAUAGGUUGUGAUCAAUUGCAAAUUAGAUGGUUGCCACAAUCAAUAAUUAAUGUUCAAAUUAAUCGAGUGAAAAAGAGUGUAUUUUCGUUUUCGGUUAUUAAAAGUCAAUUGGGAAAAUAGUUUGUAGUUGAACGUCUUUUUGAACAGAUAAGGAAAAUUACUUUCUACUUAAUUUAUAUUUAUUUAUUUAUUUAUUUCAACACAUAGAUAUUGGUACAAAGAGGCACCAAAUAUAUAUGCGCCACACAAACCUCAUUCGAUAUGUGUGAGGGCUGUGAUACUGCCCGGGUGCCCAAACCGAAACAGGUGGUUUUCUUAGGGGGCCACUCCCGGAGCCUUCAACCUGAGGUUCUGAUCCACAAGGCAAUGGAGCAUCGUAAGGAGAUGCAGUCCCAUGGAAGCCGGUGACCAACAAUUGGUUCAUACACCAUUUGUUCCCGCAGGAUACUAGAGCCCAUGUGCACCAUUGGUUUGGAAUCCGGUUAAAGCGCCGGACAUUCGCUUUUCGUCCUCUCAUUUUCGUAAACAACACCCCCGCCACGAGAAGGCAGUGAGUAAGACUUCCCUGGCAGAGGCUAUAUACGCGUGGCCAUGUGAGAGCAUUUCGAGAGGGAGAGCGGACUCUCCCCACUCUCGGCCGUACCAGGGCAUUUGGGGGGCACUUAAUUUAUAUGAUCGAGUACUGUAGCAAUCUCAAACUUCAUUGAAUUCGUCUGGAGAAUAAUUAUUUGAUUAAUAAUUUAGAACGUUCAUUUUUGAAAUGGAUUUUCAUAGGUAAAAUCUGGUGCAUUCUUUUUCAAUAGAUUUCGAAACAACGAUCAUUGUGAUAACGUUGAAUAUUUCUACACAUUUAGACAUAAUCUUCCAUUUUGGUUGGAAAAUAACUUUUAUUUUUAAUGUACACACAAGGAAUAAGUAAAUUCAAUUGAGCUAUGUGAUGGAUUUUAUUUAUAGGUUUUUGUUAUCAUGUGGUUCAAUCAAGUUGUUGCUUGAACUUUAAUUUUUUGUCCUAUUACAUUUAGGAAUGGCUCCUUAUCCAACAAUGUAUCCAUUCUAUGGCGCUUAUCCUACAAUGCCAAUGCCUCCAAAUGCAGCAUUUUCUCCCCCUAACAUGAUGCUUCCUGCUCAUUCAAUGGGUGGUAAUGGUGCUUUUCCUAGUGUUGGUGGAGGCAAUACUGACGCACAUGCUCCCCUUGCUGGUGGUGGUCUUCAGGGACAAUAUCUACCUGGACAACCUUCUGCACAGCCUUAAAAAGAUUUCCCUAUGAACAUUUGAUUUUUAUUAUAUUCUCCGUAUCUUUGUUUAAGAAAUGUUUCUUAUGUCUGUCUUUUUGUACUACACAAAACGUGUAUUUAUUAUAAGUAUCCCAUUUAUUGAUUUAUUUUUCGACAAUCUUUAAAAAAAAGACUAUUUAAUGAUCUAAAAUACUUUUGUUUCUUUCUCAUAUUCGUCCUCUUCUAUAAAUAAAAAGCUAAAAAGUGACUUUCA